AUGGAUGCCUUCCAAGCAUUCGACGGGGGUUCGAUUCCCCCCGAACGCAUGUCACUGAGUAUCUCUUCGGAUGUGCGUAUGACGGGCUUCCGAUUGGGUUGUGGCGGCAAGAAAGACAAGCUUUCGCCGCCCGGGGCAAAACCGACAGCUCUCGUCGAUGAGGUGUCGGCGCCCCGCGGUUUUGGCAUUCGCAGUUACCUGCACAACUUCUAUCUCUCUCCAACUGUAGAAGAUAUCGAGCAGAGUGGAGGAGCUUGAAGAUAUCGAGCAGAGUGGAGGAGCUUGGGUUUAAAGGAGGGAACUGAAAAAGUCGCCAUUUUUGGAGACUGCUCAGCUUUCAUGGAGACAUCAAAACUCAUUCUAUGCCUAGGAGUGACAAAAUUCAGUAAAUUAGCUGUAAUAUGUAUACUUUGUCGGACUUAUCGCGGAGAAAAACAAGCUCAUGUUGCCAUGAAAAAGACGCUGCUUGUUCAUUUUCGUUAA